AUGAAGUUUGGAAAAGAGUUUGUGUCCCAAAUGGUGCCAGAAUGGCAAGAGGCUUACAUGGACUACAACUCUCUCAAGCUUCUCUUGAAAGACAUCUUGUGUUUUAGGCAGUGCAACAAAGUAACAACACCAAUGGCAUCAACUCCUGAAGGGUCAUCGUUGAAGAGAAGGGUGUCUCUCUACAGAGCUUUUAGUGGGCUAACAAGCCGGCAUCGAGGCUCUCCGAAGAAGAAAGAGGAUGAAGAGAUUCUUGUUAGUGAAGAAGGGCCAGAAGGGCAGUGGCAGACAAUGUUUUUGAUGUCCUCUGAUGAAGGAGGAGACAUUGAGAAGAAAGUUGGGGAAGUGGUGGAUGAGGCAGAGGAGUUGAGCAGACAGAUGGAUGCUUUAAUUGCUCUUAGGCUGAAGGUAGAGAAUCCACUGGUGGAACUGGGAGGAACUGAUGUGAUAGACAGGGGAAGCAAUGGGGUUUCCUCGCAAUCAACUGUUCAUCCCACUAGUGGCAGAAGGCCAGGAGGGCCUCAGAUGGAUGUGAUUCCAGAAGUUGAGAUGAGCAAUGAAGGAGAGAUGGAAGAUGAAGAGAGAGGAAGCAAAGAAUCAAAAACCAGUGACCAGAAAGGCAAUGGAAGCACGGUGGAUAUUAAGCGAUUUAAACCACCUUCACUAGAGAUCCUGGAUCAUGUAAAGAUCAAUGUGACACCUGAAUCUCCGGUAUCAACAGUGAAAGGCAUACUCAAGAGUUCAAAACCAGACUUAUCAUUCAGCAAGAAAGAGUUGAGGAAAGCAGAAGAGCAAAUGACAGAGGCUUUUAAUGAGUUCUACCAAAAGCUUCGGCUUAUAAAAAGUUACUGUUUCCUGAAUCAAUUGGCUUUUUCAAAGAUCAUGAAGAAAUAUGACAAGAUCUCUUCAAGGAAUGCAUCAAAGGCUUACUUGAAUAUGGUGGAUAAUUCUUAUCUCGGAAGCUGUGAUGAAGUUACUAGGAUCAUGGAAAGGGUGGAGGCUACCUUCAUAAAGCACUUUACAAAUGGAAAUCGCAGAGAAGGAAUGAAGACAUUAAGACCAAGAGCCAGAAGGGAAAAGCAUAGAAGUACAUUUUUUUUGGGGUUGUUCUCUGGGGUCUCAAUUGCACUUGUAGUAGCCAUCAUUGUGCUUAUACAUGCAAGAAAUAUCCUUAGGAGUGAAGGGCGUGGUCAGUACAUGGAAAACAUAUUUCCUCUAUACAGCUUGUUUGGAUUCAUGGUCCUACAUAUGCUCAUGUUCUCAGCAAACAUAUACUAUUGGAGGCGAUACCGAGUAAAUUAUCCAUUUAUUUUUGGCUUCCAGCAAGGGGCAGAGCUGGGUUACAGACAGUUUUUCCUUCUCAGUUCAGGUCUUGCAAUUCUCGCCUUGGCUGGUGUCCUCUCAAAUUUGGAUAUGGAGAUGGACCCAAGUACAAAAAGCUUCAGAGCUUUGACUGAAUUAGUCCCUUUGGGCCUAGUCACUGUUGUGCUUCUUAUAAUGUUUUGUCCUUUCAACAUAAUAUAUCGUUCCAGUCGAUUUUUCCUCCUCCAAUGUAUAUUCCAUUGCCUUUGUGCUCCACUUUAUAAGGUUUCCCUCCCAGAUUUUUUCUUGGCAGAUCAGCUUACUAGCCAGGUUCAAGCCUUCAGGAGUUUGGAAUUCUAUGUUUGCUAUUAUGGUUGGGGGGACUUCAAAAAAAGAUCACACAACUGCCUUGACAGCCGUGUAUAUAGAUCUUUCUACUUCAUUGUAGCAAUUAUUCCUUAUUGGAUCCGUUCCCUUCAGUGCCUUCGACGCUUGAUAGAAGAGAAAGAUGGAACGCAAGGGUUAAAUGGGCUGAAAUACUUUUCAACAAUUCUUGCAGUAGCCAUGAGAACAAGUUUUGAUCUGAAAAAGGGGAUGACGUGGAAGAUCCUUGCCAUAACUAGUUCAGCUGUGGCAACAAUUGUUAGUACAUAUUGGGAUAUAGUCAUAGAUUGGGGUCUUUUGCGCCGGAAUUCUAGAAACCCUUGGCUUAGAGAUAAACUCCUCAUAUCAAACAAAAGUGUUUAUUUUAUAGCCAUGGUGUUGAAUGUUAUACUGAGACUCGCUUGGAUGCAGUCAGUAUUAGGAAUUAAAGAAGUGCCUUUCGUCCACAGAACAGCCUUAGUUGCAAUAGUUGCCUGUUUAGAAAUUAUUCGUCGUGGCAUUUGGAAUUUCUUUCGGUUGGAGAAUGAGCACUUGAACAAUGUGGGAAAGUUUCGGGCAUUCAAGUCUGUACCCCUACCUUUCAACUAUGACUGUGAUGAGAGCAAGAGCAGAUAA